CAAAAGAUCCGAAAACCUGCUUGUCAUUAAGAUUUAUCCAUCUAUCUGCCAAACUGGACCCAGGUCAGGGAGGGCAGAAUAGUGUUUUAGACCACAAUUGGUUACUUAAAAAAAACACUACAGUGUUGAGUUUUUUUUUUUUUUUUUUAUUGCAUGUGCUAAAAUAUGUAAAAAAUUGGGUCAUUUAGUAUAAAACAACCAAUAAAAUGAAAGCAUUAAUUGAAGACUAAAGAUUUCUAUCUUACUAUUCUGACGGAAAAGAUUAAUAGUUUGAGCGGGACUUUGAACAUAUUUCUGUUCAAACAGUCACAUUUUUGACAUUACAGUUUGUGAUGACUGGAGACACACAGGAUUUACUUUGAGGUUUACUCUACAGUUCCACCUGAUUUUACAAGCACUUUAGCCGUGGUUAUUUGUGUAUAACCACAAAGAAAGCAAUGAGGAAAUAAGAAAGAUGUAUAAAAAGAUCUUUUCUGUAAAUAUUAAUCCACUGGACAGUCCCCAAAGUUUCCAUUCCUGUCACAAAAGAAACAGGAAAUCUAGUCUAAUCAGGAGUUAUUGAAAGGUUGAUGCUCAAAGUAAUGUUCAGAUAACAUAUAAAUAUAUAUUCUUAUAUGUUAUUCACAUGUAUUUAUGUGCGACCAGCACAGAAAGUGAUGAAAAUUCAUGUUGACCACAUGUAAUACAUGCAGCCAAGAUGGCAUUCCUGCAUUGCCCGCACUCAUUGUAAGUGUGUCCAAGGCUGGAUGUUUUUGUUGGCCGCACUGAUUUAAAAUUAAACUUUUAAGUUAAAGUCCCAUUAACUGUCAUACUCCUAAAUGUGUAAAUGUGUUCUCCACAUUUGACCCAUCCCCUGGUGGAGCUGUGAGCUGCAGAGACAGCAGCACUCAGGAACCAUUUACUUGUUUAAUCAUAAUCAUAAUCCUAAUCUUCACACUUUACUCUGGGUCUGUGCUUAUCUGUUUCUAUGUUUUUAAAAAUUUGUUUAUAAACAACAAACAUUAUCUGUUUCUAAAUUAUCCAGGUCCAGGUUUAUCUUUUUUAAAUUUUUUACUUUAUUGAAUCCAAAUAGUUUUACAGAACAAUUAGACAAAUGCAUCCAAAACAAAGCAAUGGCAACAAUAGUAAUAAUAUUCCAACACAGAAUAAUUACAUUGGGGGAAAUAUGAGUAAAAAAUAAUGUAUGAGUAAAAAAAAUAAAAAAAUAAAUAAAAAAUAAAAAGGAGAAGAAGCAAUAAUUAGAAAAAAUAAACAAGAAAAAAUAAUUUAGUCAUCAAGUAGUAAGGCACAAAGUUCAACUAUAUGGUAUUAUCUGUUUCUAAUUUUGUAUUUAUUUAUUUAUUUAUUUAUUUUAAUUUGUUUCUAAGUUCGUGAAGGAAGUAACGGGCCUCUGACGUCAUCAAUGCAGCGCGACAAGUUUGUGAACGAGUGAAAAAGAAAGUCCUCCUCGGCUUAGACACCCGGAUAUUGGUGUUUAUGUCUCAGCGCUAGCAGUAGACAAGAUUUGUCUUUAGACAUUUUCCUAGUUUAGUCCUCUCAGUAAAUGUAUUUAAAGAACGUAUUUUAUUUAUUUAUUUAUUCGCGUUUCUUCCAUUUAAUUGUCCCUGGAUGUCCAGCUGAUCCGGUGGCUGACUGGUUCCUUUCUGGCUGCUGCUGCUGAUACAGAGACAACAUGGUUGAACCUCCAGAUCCUAAAGUCAGCUACAAUGGCUUGAUGAACCACGGAGCGACCUGCUACCUGAACAGUGUUCUGCAGGUUCUGUUCAUGACUGAGGACUUCAGAGAAGCUGUGAACAGCCAUUCUAACCAUAAGUUCAUAGAUCAUCACCUGAAAGAUUUGUUUGAUCGCUUAAAAAAGGAAAUAUCAGACACUUUUAAAAUAUUGAAGGUUCUGGACAUAAACACAGUGAAUCAACAACAAGAUGCAGCAGAAUAUUGUCAGAAGAUUUUAAAACUCACCAGUCCAGAAGCUGCAAAGAUCUUCCAUGCAGAACUGACAAACAGACGCUUCUGUUCUUCAUGUGAAACAGAGACAGACACAGACGAGUCUUUCUGGAUUCUUCCUCUUUCUCUGGUUGAUUCCUCCAAUGAAGUCUACAGUGUGGAGGACGGCAUCCAUGACUUCUUCAAAGAAUCAUAUUUUACAGGAGAAGACCAGAUGUACUGUGAACACUGUGACACUAAAGUUGAUGCUCGUACUAAAUAUGUGGUCAAACAUCAUCCAGAGGUUUUGAUUCUGCUGCUGAAGAGGUUUGACUUCAGCUACCGUUACAUGAUGUACGUCAAAAUCAACGACAGAGUGGAUGUACAAACAACCUUAAAGAUACCAGAGAAUCAGACAUAUGAGCUGUAUGCAGUUGUUGACCAUGUUGGAGAUCUGAGAAGUGGACACUACACUUCAAGAAUCAGAUCCCAGGUGGAUCAAAGAUGGUACCAGUUUGAUGACACAUGGGUCAGACAGAUUGCUGACAAUAUAAACAUUUGCAGUGCAGGAUCCAAAACUGCAUUUCUUCUAUUUUACAGAAAGAAAGAUACCAGUUUAAAAGAAUCCUCAAACAGUCACAACCAUCAUCCAACUCCCAAACUUAAAGAUGAAGCAAAGAACCAAAAUAAUGAUCAAACUAACAUCGAGGAUACGACUCUGUCUGCCUCAUCCUCGCCAAAACACCAGCAAAUCUGUGUCCCUGAUAAUCCUGACCCAGCAGAAAGGAAUGGCGAUGAGGACAUGAGAAGGCGUUCCAACAGGGAUGAGCCUGAAGACGGAGCUAGAAUAAAACACAAAGAAGAUAAGACAUUGAAGAAACCCAAGAGAUCUAAAACCAAAAAGAAAAAACGUGAUGAACAAGUUGGGGAGUUAUCCGAAGAAAUAAAGAAACCUCCAGCCCACGAUGAACCCAAGAUUGAUGUUCUCAAGAAACCAGUGGCCGACUUGAAACAGCACUCCAAAACGUACGAUGUGAGGAUUACUGGAUUACCGAUCAAACUCCAAUCAACCACAGCUAAUGGUAACAACGCUCCAAAUCCCGGUGAGCUGGACGGCAUCUCUGUGAUACGACAGGUGGAGAGUUUCCUCCAGUCUAAAGGGAUUUCUCUGGACGUGAAUAACAUUAUUACCUGCUACACGAUCCCUAAGAAACAGAAGCCGAAUAAACCAGUGAUCAUCGUAAGUUUUAAGAAUCAACAGGACAAACAAGAUUUAUUGAAGCAAAAACAGAAACUGAAGGAAACUGAUGUGUACAUGAGUGAACAGCUGACCAAAAAGAAAGCAGAGAUUGCCACAAAUGCCCGACACUUGAAGAGACAGAAGAUAAUUCAGGACACCUGGAUAAAAAACAACCAAAUAUUCAUCAAACUGAAUGGAUCAGCGAAGAAGGUUAAGGUGGUCAACAACAUGGAGGACUUUGACAGGUAUUUGGGUAUAUUUGUGCGACCAAACACAAGUUAGAGCAAAAAAUAUACAUAAUAAUGAAUAAGUAAAAGGCCUAAAAAGAAUAAAACAUAACUUCAGGAGAAUCCCAAAGGUGACGGAGGUCUUCACUGUCUGCACUGUGACCCGGAUUUGAAACAGAGACUUCUGAACUGAGAUCAUGGAACAGUCAUUUAACAUCACAAGUAAAUCUGUAAGAAGGUUUGGUCGUGACAAUGAGACAGAUUUUUUAAUAAUGAUUGAUUUUAUAGUCUUAUUCUGAUUAUAACUAAUAAUCAUAGCAUUUUAACACUUGAUGUGUAAUAAUGAUUCCAGAAAUAAUGUAAUAUCUUCUUAUGUAAUCAAUAAGCAUCUAUUAUUCAUACUUUGGGUUUGUUAAAUGAUGUGCACUAAGAUUGGUAAUUAACUCCAAAUAGAAGAUAUAAACAGGAUUAUGGUGAAAAAGUGAAGUAAUUUCAGGAAAUUACUUAAAAUGUUUUCUUGUUUAGUUUUUGUUGUUUUGAAUGCUUAAAAUGAAGAAAUUCCCCAAAAAGAAAAACAUAAACUAAUUGUAUUUUUGCAUCCUUCACAGUGCAACAGUUUUGUCUCUUCUUUUCUCUUUUUUUAUUUUUUAUUUUUUUGUUAAAAAACUUCCAUGAUAAGACAAUAUUUAAUAAUAGAAUUUGAAUUUUCAGGUUUAAACUGUGCAAAUGUGAUAAUCGUACAGAUGUGUGUGAUAGUUUUUGUUUAAAUAAAUUACAGGAAAUGUAUUUAUUAAAACUCUGAUUAUGUUGUGGUUUGACACACUGUUGUUAAUAUAACCUUAACCUGAUCAAAUGAUUGAUUAUCAGUUGAAGUUACAUUUUAACAGAAAAGCUGAGUAUUAUUAUAAAUAUAAAAUGUAAUAGAGCUUUUUUUAUCUGACAGGGAGGAGACUAAAAUAACCUUUGGUGAACAAUAGUGUCAAUUUACAUCAGUAGCAUAUCCUUUUGGACACAAAUCACUUAAUUAAGAACAUUUUUUUAAAUCACUUUUGACUUACUUCUGAUCAUUUUAUCACGUAAAGUUACCUAAACUUCUCCAGUCAUUGUUUGUAUAACUAAUAAUAUUGCACACAAACUUGUGGAACAUGAUGUCAAAUAGUUUAUACGACCAUUUUCAAAAUAAUUAUUGUAUUUCAAUGAAAGUGUCCUUAAUCUUUUUUAAUGAAAAGGUGUAUAAUUAUUAGUUUCAAACAGUGAUAAUGAUGUAACCUUCCAGCACUCUGCUGCAGUGGUUUGCAGAACAUGACCAGAUGCUGGUGGAGUAUCUAAUAUUUUCUGAAUCCACUUGAGGAGUUUUUCAGAAAGUCAAAGUAACUUUCUGUUCCAGAAUGCACCACACGAGGGCGUCAGUUUCCUGUGUUUGACCAGGCUGUAUGUGAAGCUCUUUCAGUGAGUUCUGGUUAGAGGGAUGAUGCUUUUUUUGUAAGACUGACUGUAUUUUUUUUGUGAAUGAAUCUUUACAAAAAAUAUAGUAAAGAUUUAGAAUUACUUCCAUAGUUUAUAAUGUCAUUUUAACCCCCAAACAAAAGUAGUUGAUCAUAAAUAUACUUAGUCUAAACUAAAAGUUUGGAGGUAUGUAUAAAAUUACAUCUAA